AUGGAUUAUUUUCAUAUGAUCACGACAAAACUAAUGUUACUCUUACUUCUUUUUCUCUCAAUUAGUUAUUUGUCCGGUGAUCAGAAUAUAAAAUUAGCAAUACAACUCGAACGUUCAUCUGGAAUAUUGUUACAUAUAACAUCAUUACCAUCACCAUAUGGAAUUGGUGAUCUUGGUCCAGAUGCUUUUAAAUUUAUUGAUUUCUUAGUAGAAAUAAAACAAAAAUUAUGGCAAGUAUUACCUAUAUAUCAAACCAAUUCGCCAUCUCCGUAUUCAAGUGUAUCAGCAUUUGCCGGUCAUUCAUGGUUAAUAUCACCAGAUAAAUUAUUAGAAAGUGGUUUAAUAUCUAAAGACGACUUAAAAUCAAUUGAGCAAUCAAGAUUUAAUCAAUCGUAUGUUAAUUUUCAUCAAGUAAAGAAAAACAAAGAGAAAAUACUGAAAAAAGCAUAUUUUAAUUUUAAAAAUAAUAAUUCGUAAGCAUCAGAAAUUUUAAAUGACUUUUUUC